UCAGCUCCUUAUCGGUAUGGUGAUGCUAGUAGCAUGAUGGGCUAUGGAUCAUACGGUUCUAUGGGAGGAAUGGGUGGUAUGGGCGGUAUGGGCGGUAUGGGAUCCCCAUAUGGGAUGGCAUCUCCAUAUGGAAUGUACGGAAUGGGAAUGUCACCCUAUGGAAUGGGAAUGCCUGGUAUGGGAAUGGGUGGAAUGAGUGGAAUGGGUGGUUUAGGAGGAUACGGCUCACCGUACUCACCCGGUGGUCUCUAUGGCGGUGGUGGUCUCGGUAGCCUUGGCUCAGGCUUGGGCAUGGGCCUCGGAACGAGCUCGUAUUUCAAAAGAUGA